UUGUCUUGCCGAUAAUCAAGGGUGGUUCUGUUCAUUUGAUUCCUUAAUGUUCUAUUUGGUCUAAUGACCACGACUUCAAGUUUUUGUUCUCAAGAACCAUAUGAUCUCGAAUAGAAACGCUGAUGGCAAGGUAAGGUUGCUCCAUCACAUCCUUUGCUGUCUCUCUACUUAGCUGCUUGGACUGAUUAGGUAGCCUAGAUUUUCAAUCCCUUAUUUUCGGGCAGAUCAUCGCCCAAUUUAUUGGUCACAGUUGACUUUGAAGCAUAGCCUUGCUUAUUAUGUAAAAACAAUGUUAAUAGAUCGAUUCUGUAUCUUUCCAUCCACAUUCCACUUGUACCUUCUUGAUCCGUGCUUCAAGAAGUAACUGGAGUUACUUAUAAUACACACUUCUGUUUUGGCUGUUUGUAUCUCCAAAUUAUGCUUCCAAGUUUUCCACAAUUAGAAGUACAAAUGGCCUGCAAUCAUGUCCAGAUAGUUCAAAAAUUCAUUUUCAUACCUUUGCUUAUAUUAUCAAACCAGUUCCAUUCUAAUUCAAUAUAAAAGGAAAUAUUAUGGGAAAAGAAACAAGACAAUCAGUGUACUUGACCUGUUUUAAUCACAUAAGUCAUGACAUAUAUGGAUCUGGAAUUAAUGUAAUAGAUUGUGAAAUAUGAUCCUAUAUGGUCACGUAAAAUUUGAUGGCAUUUUUGCAGAGGGGAGGUAGGACAAGCAGACCACUUACAAUUUACAAUUUGUAGCCAUAUGAAGAAGCUUUCUCUACUUCCAAUUCCAUGCCCUAAUAUUUUUUUUUUUCCUAGUGGACAUAUUUUGCAGUUUACCACUUAAACAUUUGAUGUUCCAGUGUCAUUUGUCCUUUAAUAUUCUGGCAGAUGAAGAAGUAGAUAGCUCAUAGCUGAAGUUUAUUGCUGUUCACUUCGGUUUUAUGUGAAGAGGCUUUCUAAUGCUAAUUAGGAAUUUAAUUUUUACAAAAUUUGGAAUUUGUAAAAGUUUAGUCCUUUUAUAAGUGAAUAAGUUGAUUAAAGUAGUUUUCCAUUGAUAAUUAUCUUGCAUAGUGAAUAGGGAUUAAUUCCAAGUUUAAUCAAAUCCUUUUAGGUAUAGGAUUGUUUUUUUUUUUUGUUUGAAUAACUUUGUUUGUUUGUAUUUUUUUUUUGUUGGAAUAUUUUAAAAGAACCCCAAUCCUAAUGAAAUUUAUAGCAAAAUUUGAGUUAAGAGCGUUCAAUUUUGGUGUGGCAUUAACUUUUCUACUUACAAUCUGUUGUAUUAAUAUUUAAAUUUUUAAAUCUUUCACAGUGGGCAUAUCUUUGUAGAAGACAUUUUAGUGUGCUUUACAUCUGCAGAAUUUCAACAUCUAAAUUUCUCGUGUCAUGAAUUUAAAAUUAAGUUGAUUUCUUCUAGUGAAUUUUUAAAGACAGUGGUGUUAGUCAUAUAAGUACAACAUGGUCAGGUUGAUUUGACAGAGGGACGAUAUCUGCUAUCUGGAGCAUCUGAUGGAUCAGCUGCCGUAUAUGAUAUCCAACAGGCUACUGAGUAUGAGAAAGGAUUGAUUGCAAAACACAAAAGUCUAUUUGUAGUUGACAAACAACAUGGAUACGGGCAUAAGUUUGCUAUUUCAACUGUCAUUUGGUAUCCUGUGGAUACUGGACUGUUCGUCACUGGUUCUUUUGACCACUAUGUCAAAGUUUGGGAUACAAAUAUGGCUCAGGUAGUCAUGGAUUUUAAGAUGCCUGGAAAGGUUUAUGGUACAGCAAUGUCUUCAGUAGCUAAGGCACACAUGCUUAUUGCUGCCGGGAGUGCAGAUGUUCAAGUUCGGCUGUGCGACAUUGCUUCUGGGGCGUUCACUCAUACAUUGUCUGGACAUCGUGGUGGAAUUAUGAAUGUGGAAUGGUCUACCAGUAGUGAGUGGAUAUUGAUGACUGGUGGCAGUGAUGGUGCAAUACGUUUUUGGGAUAUCAGACGCGCAGGAUGCUUCCGCAUUUUAGAUCAGUCACAGUCUCAGUUUGGGAGACGACCUCCAUUUCCUGAAAGAACACCAACAGAAGUUGUUACUAGAACAGCUGCUGCUGGGUCAUCUUCUGUAAAUAAACUUAUAUCCAAGAAGAAGGCUACUCUUGGUAAUGGGAAGAAGCAAUCACAAGCUGUAUGUAAACUUCAAAAUCUAACAACCUCACAUACGAUGCAUAGAUCCCAUCCGGGUACGGCGUCAAGUUACAGUCGUGCAACAGCCCAUUUCGGUGCUGUGACUGGAUUAAGAGCAACCAGAGAUGGCCUGUAUCUACUUAGCUCUGGUUCAGACUCGCGGUUAAGGCUGUGGGAUAUUGAAUCUGGCUGCAGCAUCUCAGUCAAUUUUGAAGCAAUGCGCCUACAGACAAAUAAAGCAAUUCAGCUAGCUCUCAGCCAGGAUUCAUCUGCUGUAUUUAUUCCAUCCAUGUCAAAUGUGAAGGUGUAUGACGUGCUGUCUGGCUUGAACCUACAAACAUUUUAUGGUCAUUACGAUAUGGUUAACUGUUGUUACUUCAAUAUGCAGGAUCAGGAACUGUACACUGGGAGCAACGAUCGGCAUAUUCUUGUUUGGUCUCCUCCGAGUUCUUCAUUUAGUGACAUGGAUGAAGAAGAAAGAAAGAGACUAAAUUUGAAAGCAGAUGAAGAUAAUUGGAGCCAGUAAAGAAAGAUUUCAUGGAAGUUUUCUGUAAUCAUGGGUUCCUAUUCCUCUUUUCGUUCACUCGUGCUUAUGUUCCCCUAUGCUUCUCUAUCCUUUGACAUGGGGUGUACGUGAACAGGACUAGCUUGUAAUAGUUGUAACAGACCUUGUAUUAUGUUUGGUUCAUGAAAAGGAAUGCUGAGUAGUGUAGGAAAUGCUGUAAGGAACGAAUAAAUCAACACCUUGUCUUUUCAAUAGUAAAAUAAUUAUGUAAACAAUAGAUAAUGAUUUGUUGAAUCAAUUUGAUCUGCUUGGCUUGCUCGGCUUA